CUAUUAAUGUACAUUAUCGAGACUAUAAAGUGUUCGAAGCUAGUUCAAACAGAGUAGUUAUAUUCAAUAAUAAUUAUGCAGCUAGCAAAUUUGUUUCUGCUUAUUUUUGUUAUUCAAAUAUAUAAUCUAGAAGCAGACGACCCAGAGUAUGAAACUUCUUCCUUCAAUAGAGAUGGAAUUGUAUUUAGCGUUGGUGAAAUGAAUUGGUUCGCCGCCUAUGGUUUUUGUACUCAACUAGGCAUGAAAUUGCUUACGCUGCAGUCGUCAGUUGAUAACGAAGUAUUCAAAAAAAUAGCCGAACAUUACAAGUUGCAGGAAAAGUACUACUGGUUAGCUGCUAAUCGUUUGGAAGACGAUGUGACGUUUCGUUGGGGCUUAAGAGGUCCGCCACUCUCUUUUGGAAACUGGAUUUCGGGCCAACCUGACAAUACGGAAGAAGUCGAACGCUGUGUAAGAGCGGAAGAAAACCACGAAUGGGAUGAUGAAGAUUGUUUUACAAAGCAUUUUGUCAUAUGUCAUUACUGAAUAUUAAAUAUAUUACGUGCAUGCCCGCACCUAUGUA